AUUUUUUAUAUUUUAAAAGAUGGGAAUUUAUCAUUCAAAUGAUUGGAUAGUGAGAUUCACGCGCUGAGUCCCCGAACGUGGUAACGAACAAAUUGCUUUUUUGGCGGUAUCGUUUUCACUUCGCCUCCACUCCAACUUCCCUGCCUGCACUUAUAAUAACCGCUUUCUUCACCCUCUCGCUUCUCAUCUCAUACAUAUUCCCAACUAAGCUGUGAGUAACCAUCUCUCUCUCUCUCUCUCUCUUUGAAACCCUAGCUGUUGAAAGAAAGUGAAUUUGAAUCUCGGAGAUUUUGAAAUUUUCUAUCCUUUUCACAGUUUCCUGAACUCUGUUUUCCCCCGUUUGUAAUUUGCGUUUCCUUGAGAGGUUCCGGCUGUGAGAAGAAUGGGAACGAAUGGGAACGAGGAGGUGACGAGCUUGUACUCGUUGUCCUGCCGUGAUCGACGGUUCUCGAAGCACAUCCAUGACAACGUCCACGGCAACAUCUACCUUGAUCCGGUACUGUUGAUGAUCAAAGUUUUUCUUGAGAUGACUUUCUGUUUACUGUUAAUGCAGUUCUUCUUACAAUUUGUUGACACAGAGCAGUUUCAGAGACUUCGCGAGCUAAAGCAACUUGGUCUAACGCACAUGGUGUACCCUGGAGCUGUUCAUUCUCGCUUUGAGCAUUCUCUGGGAGUUUAUUGGCUGGCUGGUGAAGCUGUUUAUACAGUUCAGGGUCACCAAGGCUCGGAGAUCAACAUUGAACGUAAUGAUAUCAGAACAGUAAAACUUGCUGGACUUCUGCAUGAUGUUGGACAUGGACCAUUCAGCCAUCUGUUUGAGCGCGAGUUUCUUCCCCGGGUUCUUAAUGGAUCUGAAUGGUCUCAUGAGGACAUGUCAGUGAAGAUGAUUGAUUACAUUGUUGAUGCGCACCACAUUGAAAUAGAUGCUGCAAUCCUUAACAAUGUGAAGGAAAUGGUACUUGCUAGCUCAGCAAAUGCUUCACAAAAUACUGUGAAUGAAAAGCGUUUUUUGUAUGACAUUGUUGCAAAUGGUCGAAAUGGGAUAGAUGUUGAUAAAUUUGACUAUAUUGUACGUGACUCUCGUGCUUGUGGCCUUGGCUGCAAUUUUCAGUUUCAAAGGUUACUGGAAACAAUGAGAGUGAUGGGUGAUGAGAUAUGUUACCGGGCCAAGGAUUAUCUGACUGUCCACAAGUUAUUUGCUACUCGAGCUGAUUUACAUAGAACGGUUUAUACGCAUGCUAAAGUAAAGGCAAUAGAACUCAUGGUUGUAGAUGCUUUAACAUUAGCACAUGGUGAACUUAGUAUAUCAGCCUCAAUCCAAGAGCCAGCUAAAUUUUGGAAGUUGGACGAUUCAAUAUUAAGACAAAUUGAAACUUCUGAUAAACAAGAGCUCAAGAAGGCCAGAGAUCUGGUCCUUCGCAUCCGGAGAAGAGAUCUGUACCAGUUCUGUAAUGAGUUCGCUGUUCCAAAGGACAAACAAGAACAUUUCAAGGACAUCACUCCUCAAGAUAUUGUUUGUUCUCAGAAAAAUGGUGACACUCCAUUGAAUGAGGAAGACAUUUCUGUGAGCAUUGUGAAAAUCGACCUGACUCGUGGGAGGAGUAACCCUCUCGAAAGGUAUUUGCGGAAGAACAUAAUGUUUUCAUUGCACUUCUUUUUUCCUUUUCUUGAACAUUGUAACAGAUUUGGUGUGGCUCUCCUUGCAUGUAUUUCCACAUCCAGCAUAAAGUUUUUCCAGGAUUAUGAGAGUGAUUACAAAUUUCCGAUGAGAGAUGAGCGCAUAAGUCACUUGCUGCCUGCAUUUUGUCAAGAUAUGAUUGUCAGAGUAUACUCCAAGAAACCUGAACUGGUAGGAGCAGUUUCUAAGGCCUUUGAAAAUUAUCAGCUAAAGACAUAUGGAAUGAAAGCACAGGUUCAUGAUACUCCUGAGAAGAAGAAACGUCGGGUGUAAACAGUAAUCACCCACUACCUUCAUAUAAAUACAAAUAUAGUACAAUACUCAUUCUAGAAAUGUACAUUACUCUUAUGGCUUGACAGUAUAAAUUUUCCCAUACAACAUUUAAAUACUAAGAAACCUGUUAUGGUAUGCCUUAAAAUUUAACCCAUUUUGACCAAGGCCUCAUCUCUUGUGGAUCAUAUAUGCUUACUGGUAAAAAGAAAAACAAAUCUACACAAAGUUAAUUGGCAGCUGUGCUAUUACCAUGCA